GUAGACGUAUUGUACGUAACCCUGGUUACGUCGGCAUAUGUUAGGGAAAUAUCGUACGGCUUCAUGACUACAUAGGAACUAUUUGGUCGGUUCAAGUUUAAGCACCAUACGGUCGGCAUUUUUUUUUGAAAGCCUGUUUCGUGGGUUUAAUUCACCGGCCUAUUGGUGACAGCGGCGUUACCUGAAAAGGCUGAUAAAAUAACAAGCGUGUUUAUAGAACCGAAUGUAGAGGCGGUCAGGUGGCGAUCCGAUGCGCCUGGAACAGAUAUAAACGGAGACCUUUGAAUGUUCUCAGAAGUAUCAGUUAUUUAUUUUGUAGGUGUUACAAAUGAUUAACUCGGUUUGUUGGCGGUUAUUAUUCACAUCUCCAGUACGGGUCCUGUAAAUUCCUUGAUUGCGAGUAGGCAGCUGCGUUUUAAACGGCUUUUCUUGACGAUCUGUUUUUGUAGUUAUAUUUUACCGAGACAUGGGCUUGAUCAGUCACAUUAUCGCGGCGUUCGGGUGGACUGUUGUUGUUCUCCUUAUAGUGUUGGCGAUUGCAGCUUACAAACUUGGAGUGCUUUUCCAGUUGUUUCACAAGACCGAGAACAAGAGCUCUCGGCACGGUGGGGAGAGUGUGGCCGAGGUGCUGCGGGCGCACGGGAUCCGCUUCAUCUUCACCCUGGUCGGGGGUCACAUCUCGCCCAUCCUGGUGGCCUGUGAGAAGCUGGGCAUCCGCAUCGUGGACACCAGACAUGAAGCCACUGCCGUUUUCGCGGCCGACGCCGUCGCCAGGCUCUCCGGCACCGUUGGGGUCGCAGUUGUCACCGCUGGGCCGGGUCUGACAAACACCAUCACAGCUGUGAAAAAUGCACAAAUGGCCGAAUCCCCCCUACUCCUGAUAGGAGGAGCGGCAGCCACGCUGUUACAGGGUAGGGGAGCCUUGCAAGACAUCGACCAGAUGUCCCUCUUCAAACCCCUUUGCAAGUUCUGUGCCUCUGUGCGAGCUGUGCGGGACAUUGUGCCCGUGGUGAGGAAGGCCUUGGUAGUGGCCCAGUCUGGAACUCCAGGUCCGGUGUUUGUGGAGUUUCCCAUUGACACACUGUACCCCUUUCAUUUGGUGGAAAAGGAAUUUGUGGGAAAAGGUGCUCCCAAGGGCUUCAUUGGAAACAUUAUUACCUGGUAUCUCCAUAAUCACCUGAAAAACCUGUUUGCUGGGGCCUGGGAAAACAGGGAUGUCUCUCCAUUACCUGUAAACGUACCUCUGGCCACGGAUAAUCAGGUGCAGCUGAGCGUGGAGCUGGUUAGCCGAGCCAAGAAGCCAGUGAUCCUGCUGGGGAGCCAGACGACGCUGCCCCCAACCCCUGUUAACGAGCUCAGAACAGCCCUCGAGUCUAUGGGCAUCCCCUGCUUCUUGGGUGGUAUGGCCCGCGGCAUGCUGGGAAGGGACAGUCCUCUGCAUAUCCGGCAGAACAGGCGCGAUGCCCUGAAGGAAGCCGAUCUGGUCAUUCUGGCCGGUACUGUGUGUGACUUCAGGCUGAGCUAUGGGCGGGUUCUGAGUCGGCGAAGCAAGAUCAUUGCGGUCAACAGAGAGAAAUCCCAAUUGCUGAAGAAUUCUGACAUGUUCUGGAUGCCCACUGUCGCCAUUCAGGGGGAUGCUGGGUCCUUCCUGAUGCGUCUUUCCAAAGGGCUCAUGGGUCACAAAUGUCCGCAGAGCUGGCCACAAAGUCUGAAAGACGGGGACAGAGCCAAAGAGAAAGCAAACCGAGCAAAGGCGAUUGAGAAAACGGAGCAUCACCUGAACCCGCUGAGCGUGUUGCACUGCGUGGACGACCUCAUGGCGGAGGACAGCAUCAUCGUGGCGGACGGCGGAGACUUCGUCGGCAGUGCUGCUUACAUCAUGAGGCCCCGCGGCCCACUUCGCUGGUUGGACCCAGGGGCAUUUGGGACCCUAGGGGUUGGCGGAGGCUUCGCUCUUGGGGCAAAGCUCUGUAGGCCUGAGUCAGAGGUGUGGAUUAUCUAUGGAGAUGGAUCACUGGGAUUCAGCGUGGUGGAAUUUGACACGUUUGCUCGUCACAAGACCCCAGUGAUUGCCCUCGUGGGAAACGAUGCUUGUUGGGGCCAGAUCUCCAGGGAGCAGGUGCCCAUCCUGGGCAGCAAUGUAGCUUGUGGUCUAGCUUACACAGAUUACCACAUAGUUGCCAAUGGUUUUGGGGGCAAGGGUUAUUUGAUUGGACGAGAGGAGGAAGACAGGCUGAGCGACACUGUGAAGAAGGCUCAGCAGGAAGCCCGAAAUGGGAGGCCGGUUCUGCUCAACGUCCUCAUUGGGAAGACUAACUUCCGAGAAGGUUCAAUCUCCGUGUAGAGCUACCGCUGCAUGCUCUGUGCAGUAUCUCCUCUUCUCACUACAACCAACCACUCACUGCGGUCAACAAGCUGUGUUCCACGCUGCAUAAUGCAAUGGUUCUUCAUGUUCCUCCAGUUUGAUGCGAGAGUAUCUGGAGAACUUGAUAUACUGUGUGACAUCUCCAUAUUACCUUUGGUUUGAAGCCUUUUAGAAAUCUUUUUUGUUUCGUAAGGGAUAUUGAGUGUAAUUUUUCAGUGAGUGAUUCACACACUGUUUGAAACUGCAGUGGAACUCCAGUUUUAUUGGAGCAGCCUAUGCUAAACUUUGCUAUUCGAGCCUUAAGACUGUACUGACUGACUCCCGAACAGUAAUACUCCACCAGGCCUGUAGCCAGAAAUGAAUUUCAUCUAUCGACAGGUUCCCAUUGGUAGAUUUUGCCGACCAGAGCGGGACUUCAGAACUGUCAUUUUACUGCCUGGCAUGCCUGUGUACCAUAUUUUAAUAACAUUUAAAUAUGCCUGUAUGCAAAAUGUUGCCUUUGCUGUUAUUGCUAAAUUUACCAAAGUCCAAGGUAUAUUUAAAGGGAUGUUCAUGUUUUAAAUGGCCACAAGUGAUCAUAGAGCGGUGAUGUAUUGAUUAUGCACAUUGCUUAAUUAUGUAGCACUAACAUUAUAGGAUGUUAGUGACAUGAUUAUGCCAGAUUUCUUUUAUUUCUCUUUUAAGGUCCCGUGUCUCUGUAAUUAUGGGCUGGAAAAUUCUGCCACUGAAACCAGGCAUGAUUCUAUGUAAUGCACGCUGAGCUUUGUUCUGAAUUUUUGUUGAAGACAAUGCAGUAUAUCAGGAGUGUGAAAUCCACUGUAUAGAGAAUCACAAGUGUGUUUUCUCAAUGCUACCUGUGCAAAAUGGUUUCUGGUCUUCAGAAGCACCCGGUGGAAUAGUCUGUUUGAUUUUAAUUGCACUCCAUCAUCCAAUCUUGAUAUUUAAGUAAUACAGUGUGCAUUUUGGUAUUCUUGUACUGGGUGGAUUACUGUAAAUGUAUUACAGAAUCAUUGCGAAAAUGGAAUUGAAUCUAGUGAAGAUGUAAGCCCAGUUAAUAAUGCGUGUUAUAUUUUAAGAGAAAUGAUUGUUGCUCCUUUCUAAUAUUAAAUAUUAAUUUAAUUUCGGACAUUGUUUUGUGCGUUGAAGUGCAUUAAAUUUUCCCGUUUAGUAAAGGCACUAAUAAACUAGAUCAGGGGUUUGAAAAUUAAUAUUUUUGUAAGACGCUGUUUCCUUGCAAUAAAGUGAAUGAACAACCGUUUAAGGUG